GUAGCAACCUCUUAUGAAAGCAUCGAUAUGGAACGAAAAGCUGAAGUUUUCGGAAAUUUCUUUUUGUUAUUUGUUCAGAAAAUUUCAUAUUGAUAAUCAAAUCUCCAAACAAAACCACUGACGCGCUUGCUGUUCGAGAAUUUCUUGAAGAUAAGUAUGGUUCCUACACAGAAAUCAUAACGAUCAACUCGUAUAAUAAAUUAUGGAAAAUAUAAACUUCAGAUUGAUCGCUUCAGCUUGUACGGUGAAUUUGAUGGCAUUUGCCAAUGGCAACGCAUACGCCUGGUCGUCCACCGUACUUAUAGCUCUCAAAAGCAACGAUACCAUGAGGAACCCCAUUGGAAGACCCAUAACAACCUCGGAGGAAUCUUUGAUAACAUCCUUAGUCCAUCUUGGUGCGGUUUGUGGUCCGAUAUUAGCAGGAAUUUUGUCAGAGAAAAUAGGCCGUAAAAGAGCUCUCUUGAUGUUUGCGAUGCCCAUGUUUCUAGCCCAUGUGAUAUUGGCCUUUGCAGCAAGACCAUAUGAAUUUUAUAUUGCAAGAUUUAUGUUGGGAGUAGGUGCGGGAAGUGUUUUCACCAUGGUUCCUAUGUACGUUGGUGAAAUAGCUGAAACUAGGAUAAGAGGAUUUUUAGGGUGUUUGCUGGGGGUGUUUAUAGCUUUUGGGUUACUUUUCGUAUACAGUAUAGGCCCAUACGUCAAUCUCAAAACCCUCAGCUUCAUCCUAUUAUCACCUCUAGGAUUAUUUCUCUUCCUUUUCGGUUUUUUCGUACCUGAAAGUCCUUACUAUUAUUUGACUAAAGGAUUUGACAGGGGCGCCGAGAUAAGCUUGAAUAAACUCAGGAAGAAUGAUCCAUGUGCCAACCUCAAAGAGUUAGCACUAAUGAAAGAAACGGUACAAGAGUUUUCCGAAAUCGGUUCAUCAGUUUGCGAACAGUUCAAAAAUAGAAGCUUUAGAAAGGGACUGACAAUUACAGCCACCCUAAUGGUCUUACAGCAAAGUGUAGGCGUAACUGUUGUGUUUUCUUAUAUGGAAAAUAUAUUUAUAGCUUCUGGAAGUACAUUUUCUUCCUCCCAUUCUACAAUAAUAGUAGGAGGAAUUCAAACAGCUGUCGUUUUGUUCAGCUCUUUAUUAGCAGACAGGUGGGGAAGAAGACUUCUACUGGAAAUUUCAUGCGGUGGUUGCUCUUUGUCCCUUUUUAUACUAGGGACUUAUUUUUACAUGAAGAAAAAAGGAAUGGAUAUGUCGACAUUAUCGUUGAUACCUAUGUCGUGCCUAAUAGUAUACACAGUGAGCUUCAAAUUUGGUUUAGGUGCGAUACCGUGGACUUUAGUAGGAGAAUUAUUCUCCAGCAAGACGAAAUCUUUGGCUUCUACGAUAACCACGACCCUAUGCGUUUGUACAGCAUUUACAACGUCCUUCAUUUUCCCCACAAUGAAGGAUUUAAUAGGGUUUCAUUGGUCAUUCUGGUUCUUUUCAGGAAACGGUUUCAUUGCUCUUUUAUUCUGCCUUUAUUACAUUCCAGAAACGAAAGGGAAGACUUUUCAAGAAAUUCUGAAGAUGUUAGACCGAUGAAGUGAAUACAUCAGGUACUAUAUGAAUAUUUAUUCAACUGAUAUCUGUGAUAAGCUUAAGUGGAAUAUGUCUCAUUAAAUUUUUUCAACUCAAAUUAAGGACAGACUGUAUUAUGAAAUAAUGAUAAAUAUAAAUAUUUCCGCACUUUUGUGCUAGGAAAAUAACUAUCA